UUUGAUGGUUUAUAACAAGUAAAUGGUUACAGAUAUCAAUAUAGUUCCUAUUGAGCACUGAUAGAAGUCAAAUAUGAACUUUCAUUUGGGUCCAUGACCUUUGACCUUGAGUGACCUUGAUGGGACAUUGGUCCUAUGUUUUACCCUCAUAUUCAAUAAAAUAAACAGGAGAAAACCCACUGAUAUUCCAACACGUUGCUCUCCAUAUCUCAUAGUUGUGAACCAACUUCCGUCUUUUCAUUUAUAUGUGUUGAUUAUAUGUGCAAAUCUGUCAAAAAGACCCCAGUUAUCCUCAUGUUACACCUGGUCUAGAGGACCCAGAGUGUAAUAGAAAUGGCCUUUUCGUUCAGCCAGGCCUGUACUAUCAUCAUCAUCAUCAUCAUCAGAUUCUUCCAGUAUCUCCUCAAGAUGCAUGACGCCUAUGAACCAGUGCCUAUUCUGGAAAAGCUGCCUCUUCAGAUCGACUGUCUUGCGGCCUGGGAGGACUGGCUGCUUGUAGGAACCAAACCAGGCCACCUCCUCCUCUACAGAAUAAAAAAGGAUGCAGGAACCAACCGGUUUGAAGUGACGCUGGAAAAAUCCAACAAGAACUUCUCCAAAAAGAUUCAGCAGCUUUAUGUCGUGUCACAGUACAAAAUUCUCGUCAGUCUCUUAGAAAACAACAUCCACGUCCAUGACCUUCUGACAUUUCAGCAGAUCACUGUGGUGUCCAAGGCCAAGGGAGCCACGCUGUUCGCAUGUGACCUACAGCUAACCAGCUCCGGAGAGGAAAGGCUGAGGAUGUGUGUCGCCGUGAAGAAGAAGCUCCAGAUGUAUUACUGGAAGGACAGGGAGUUCCACGAGCUGCAGGGGGACUUUGGUGCACCAGAUAUUCCAAAGUCCAUGGCUUGGUGUGAAAACUCCAUCUGUGUUGGUUUCAAGCGGGACUAUUACCUCAUCCGGAUGGAUGGCCGUGGCUCCAUCAAGGAACUCUUUCCCACCGGGAAACAGUUGGAGCCUCUGGUUGCCCCACUGGCUGAUGGGAAGGUGGCCGUUGGGCAGGACGACUUAACCGUGGUGUUGAAUGAAGAGGGAACCUGCACCCAGAAGUGUGCGCUGAACUGGACGGAUAUCCCUAUAGCAAUGGAGCAUCAGCCUCCGUACAUCAUCGCCGUUCUGCCUCGGUACGUGGAGAUCCGGACCUUCGAGCCAAGGCUGCUGGUGCAGAGCGUGGAGCUGCAGAGACCACGAUUCAUUACAUCAGCAGGGCCAAAUAUCGUGUACGUUGCCAGUAACCACUUUGUGUGGCGUCUGGUGCCGGUGUCGAUAGCCAGCCAGAUCCGGCAGCUUCUUCAGGACAAGCAGUUUGAGCUGGCUCUUCAGCUGGCGAAGAUGAAGGAUGAUUCAGACGGCGACAAGAAGCAGCAGAUCCAUCACAUCCAGAACCUCUACGCCUUCAACCUGUUCUGCCAGAAGAGGUUUGACGACUCCAUGCAGGUGUUCGCUAAACUGGGCACAGAUCCCACUCAUGUGAUUGGGCUGUAUCCAGACCUGCUGCCUUCAGACUACCGUAAACAGCUGCAAUACCCAAACCCUCUGCCCACCCUGUCUGGAGCUGAACUGGAGAAGGCCCACCUGGCCCUCAUCGAUUACCUCACACAGAAACGGAGCCACCUGGUCAAACAGCUGAAUGACUCCGACCCGUCUACGACGUCUCCGCUCAUGGAGGGAACGCCGACCAUUAAGAGUCGCAAAAAACUCCUGCAGAUCAUCGACACAACCCUGCUCAAAUGUUACCUACAUACAAACGUGGCCCUCGUGUCCCCCCUCCUCCGUCUGGAAAACAACCACUGCCACAUCGAGGAGAGCGAGUACGUCCUAAAGAAGGCCCACAAGUACAGUGAACUCAUCAUCCUCUAUGAGAAGAAGGGUCUGCACCAGAAAGCUCUCCAGGUGCUGCUGGACCAGUCGACCAAGGCCAACUCCCCCCUGAAGGGCCACGAGAGGACGGUGCAGUACCUCCAAAGACUGGGAGUGGAGAAUCUGGGCAUCAUCUUUGAGUUUUCUCCCUGGGUGUUGAAGAUUUGCCCUGAGGAUGGACUGAAGAUCUUCACCGAGGACCUGACAGAGGUGGAAACUUUACCCAGAGACAAGGUUCUCCACUUCCUGAAGGAGGGCUUUAAGGAGCUGGCCAUCCCAUAUUUAGAGCACAUCAUCUACGUCUGGGAUGAGAAAGGCCCGGAAUUUCACAAUGUUAUGAUCCAACUGUACUUGGAGAGAGUUCAGACCCUCAUGAAGGAGUACCUGAACUCACUACCAGAAGGAAAUUCUGCUGUGGCUGCAGGAAAAGAACCGGGCAUGUUGGGAGAGUUCAGGAACAAACUGCUGUCAUUUCUGGAUAUUUCUACCAGAUACGAACCAGCCAGACUCAUCAGUAACUUCCCCUUUGAUGGCCUUCUGGAGGAACGGGCUCUGCUCCUGGGACGGAUGGGCAAACACGAACAGGCGCUGUUCAUCUACGUCCACAUCCUCAAAGACACUUACAUGGCUGAAGAAUACUGUUACCGACAUUACAACAGUCAGAUUGAAGGAAAUAAAGAUGUGUAUCUGUCUCUGCUGCGAAUGUACCUGUCUCCUCCUGACGUCCACUGUCUGGGACCAAUCAAGAUGGAGCUGUCAGAGCCUCAGGCCAACCUCCAGGCCGCCCUGCAGGUCCUGGAGCUCCACCACAGCAAGCUCAACACCACCAAGGCCAUCAAUCUGCUUCCAGCCAACACUCAAAUCCGAGAGAUCCGGGUUUUCCUGGAGAGCGUCCUGGAGGAGAAGGCGCAGAGGAAACGCUGUAACCAGGUGUUGAAGAGUCUGCUGCAGGCCGAGUUCCUCCGGGUGCAGGAGGAACGUAUUUUCCACCAGCAGGUCAAGUGUGUCAUUACAGAGGAGAAGACAUGCAGGGUCUGCAAGAAGAAAAUAGGAAACAGUGCUUUCGCCAGGUAUCCCAACGGCGUGGUGGUGCAUUACUUCUGCUGCAAAGACCGCACCGUGUGCCCCACCGAGCAGUAACGCAGCCCCUCGCCACGGUUUGUAAACCCUCCCCUCCCCCAACCCCCCCCCCCGUCCUCAAACACUCGAUCAUGCUUUAACUACAUCAGAGGUGCUCGAGUCGAACGCCGGGCUUUUGAUAAUGGGACAGAUGCACCUGCAGAACUCUGAUGACCAGACUGUCAUUGUCGUGGUCGUGGUCGUGGUCGUGGUCGUGGCUCCGCCUCCGAGCGCGACGCGACCUCUGUGUGCAUGAGGUAACAGGUGGAAUGUCCAGGGUCUGGGGGACACGAACAGGGGAGGUGGACUCUGGCAUUUGAAAGCAUGUGUUACUGUAACGCUAGAAGGGAUUCACUGCCCCGCACAUGGACUCUGACUGGGCCCGGGGGAAGACGAGCUGUUACCACUCCCCCUUCGCCAGGAGGUCAUGACACGCCUCGGUCAGCGGCCCGGCUGUUCGGUUUGUUUUCACUCUUCUUGCCUUUCACCGUCUCCCUGGCCUCCUGUAUCACUGUGCGGGCCUCAAACACUGCGGUAUCGGCCGUACGGACCCUGCAGGAGCACUGCUAAAUGCCUUUCUGGACUAAGAAGAUUGUACUGAGGUCACAUGUCAUCAUGUUAGCGUCUGUUAGCGUGCGCUGGUACAACAGGUCGACUGAUAGUGGAUUUAUUAAGGUUGACUUUGUAGAAGAAAAAAGGCUGAUCGUCAAUUAAUAUAGUCCUAAACAGUAGAAAAAACACAAGAAAAACUGAUCCUAACAUGAAGAGGUGAUAGUUAUUCUGACAUAAUGGACGUCGUAUUAACCCACAAAGACCCAGUGUUACUUUUGUGUCAGUUCCCAAAUGAAUUUUUCUCUCUAUUGAACCUUUCUUAAGUGAUUUAUCAACAUUUAUUCUAUUAUUAUCCUCUGUAUUUUGCAUUUUUCAGUGUAUUUUUCUCAUAUUUAAUGAGCUGAUCAGAUAGAUGUUUGUGAAAAUUCAAAGGUUAUUAUAUGAAAAGAGACAAAAACUGAAGAAAAAGUGACAUUUUCUGCCAAAUACAUCAUUAACUGAACAUAAACCCAGUUGUUGCCACUUCAUAAAAAACAAUACAGAUUUAGAAAUAAUAAUGAACCUACCUGUGACUUUCCAUAAGAAUUCAAUUCAAGACGACCUUUUCAUAUUCCAUUCUUCAAUAUUAAAUGUUUCUAUCUUGUUUUUCUAUAUCAGAUGUUUUUAAUUCGCUAGUUUGACUUCCAAAUGAAUUCUUCUCAACAUUUAAGCUUUCCUAAAUUAUUCAUCACCAUUUAUUUUCAUUUUUCCCCAUAUUCACUGAUCAUCAAUUCAAAGGUUAUUAUUUUAAAACAGAGAAAACUGAGGAAAAAGUGGCUUUUUCAGUCUAAUCUCUCAUUAACUGAG